AAACAGAUUAGUUUGGAAAGAUUGCUUGAUUUACACUCCAAUAUAGUCAGAAACGUGCGUUUCUUUUUUGGUUUACCAUUACAGUGGUCAGAUCACUCCGUUUUAUAAAAGUUUAUUUCAUCUUACGAAGCUAUGACGAUCUAUAACCUAUAUAUUUUUGAUAAGCUUGGAACUUUGCUCUACUACGGUGAAUGGAAUCGGCUGAAACAAUCUGGAAUCACGAAAGAUGAGGAAGCCAAGCUGAUGUACGGGAUGCUAUUUUCUAUCAAAUCGUUCGUUAGUAAAAUAUCCCCCGUCGAGCCAAAGGAAGGGUUCCGAUACUACAAAACAAACAAAUAUGCCCUGCACUACUUGGAGGUUCCGUCGGGGUUGAAGUUGGUCCUCAACACAGACAACUCAUCCAGUGGAAUUAGGGAGUUUCUUCAAAAUAUAUACACCAAGAUAUGGGUAGAGUAUGUCGUCCGGAACCCGCUUUGGACGAUCGGAACACCCAUCUCGUCUGAUCUGUUUAAGGUUAAGCUGGAUGAGUUCGUGAAGCAGUCGCCACUUUACGGCUCGAAGAUCAUCUAAACUCCCUGC